AUGGACUGGCCUCAACUUACAAACAAGGUUGAGGCUGCUAUAAUUGAAUUAAUCAGUUGUCAAUCUAUGAAGGGUCAGAAAAAUUUGGAGAUGACUGAAUGGGAUGGGGAAAUGAGACUAAAAUGGAUUGGUUUGAAAAUUCCCCCAUAUGUUGGAGAUGGGCCAUCCAUCAACCUACAAAAGCGAAAGGAGUGCAAGUGCUGCCCUCCUAAAGAUGGCUGGUUUAAGCUAAACUUUGAUGGGGCUUCUAGAGGGAAUCUUGGUAUUUCGGGUAUUGGAUAUUGUAUACACAAUUCAAAAAGGGAGGAAAUUGCAAUCCUAGCCUCACCAAUGGGUAUAAGCUCCAACAAUGAGGCGGAGCUAAGAGCACUUCAUGAAGCUAUAAAAUUAUGCAAAAUCCUGAAAUUAGGAAAAAUCAACAUAGAAGGGGACUCGACUAUAGUUAUUAAUGCCCUCAGAAAAGGAAAUAUACCUAAUUGGAAACUCAAUGCUAUCCUGUCAAAUGUCAUGAUUGAUAUUCAGUCCCUAGUUGAAAUCACCUUUAAUCAUAUUUAUAGAGAAGGCAAUUCCAGAGCGGAUCAGCUAGCAAAUAAAGGUGCGGAUGGUUUCUCCUCCAUCAACAUCAAGCCGGGACACCCUGAUCACCCCUGA